GAUGAAGGCCCCUGGGUCGCUGGCUGGCGUUGCAAAUCUUCGCUUUGCAGGACAGAUGGUGAAGGAUCCCUGGGCAUUUCAACCUACCCACAUUGUCCAUGUGUUUCCCACAGACCGCCCGACUUGGCGGGCUUAUUUACCCUAUAUUCAGCUCGGGUAGAAAGGAAAGGAUUAAAGAUGGGAGGUUUAAGAAUAAAAAAUGUCACCUUUCUGGCAAUCCCAGACAGCCGCUCUGAGCAUCCUUGUUGGCCAUGGCGUCUGCCUUCCAGAAAACCCAGCCGUUUUAACCCUUCUCCUCUUCUCCUUUGCCAGGGCAACCCUUGCCCGCCCCGAGAUCUUGAGCAUCCGCCCUCGCUACUGCCUGCAGUGUUCCGAGUUCGAGGGCGCCCGCCCAAACCAGCAGAGACACAGUGGCCCAGCAGACAAGUUGAGCCCAAGUGAAAUCUACAAAGCUGGGAACCUCACUGUUUUUGCUAACGACGGUCAGCAACCGGAUCAGCCAGUGCAGCUGGAUUUUCAUUUUACCCGUGGGAACCAGGGCACCGCUCACUGGCACGGCCUUUUGCACGGACGCAUGCUUUUCCUUGACACCCCACAUCUUGCCCUGGAGUUCAACAGCCGUGAAAGCUUGACUGCCACGCUGGAAUACACGGAGGAAAAAACAGACGCGGAGCAGGUGCUGGUGAACUUCCACAAAUCUCGGCGAGACCGAGGCGAUUUGCUACGGGCGUUUGGCUUCUUGGGUUUUGAACUCGUGUCCCCGGAUCAUCCUGCCCUGCCCCCCUGGGAAGACACCAUUUUCAUGGCUUACCCCCUGGAACGCGAUCUCGGCUGGGAGCAGCAGCAGGAAGAUGCCUCCAGGGCUCAGAGGCAGGACAGGGCGGUGCCAAUGGAGAGCCUCUCUGAAGCAGCUUGACCAGGGCCUUGACUUCAGGGCCCCCCAAAACGGCAUUAAACUGGCAUAAAAGCUCAGCAGCUUUCGACUGACUGGAGAGGGAGGGGUUAGCUGUGCUUAUUGGAGAACCCAACUCCCCCGUCCCCAAGUCUCCCAUCCCCUCCCACGAGCGAGAAGG